GACAGUGUCUGCGUUCCACCGGAUUUUUCUGAGAGGAGAAGAGGCGGGGGAGAGAAAUUACGAUUUUAUAUAAAGGAAAUAAAGUAAACGUAUUGCCAUUUGAAACGGUAAAAAAAAAAAAAAAGAUUUAAGUUUUGUAGGCGUUUUUUUUUUUUCCGGUGACGGAAUAAUCCGCUCUCGCGCUCUCCCGUUGCCGUUUCGUCGCCCUGGAUGCCUCACCAGUGUUCAGGUCCAUUUUGGUGAUUUUAAACAGAGGAGCGAGGGUCUAAUAAGAAGGUGUACGGAGAUUAGCACCAUGAUUCUAGUUGUUGAUCUUUGCAGCUUUUUAAAUGCGAAUUUCAAAGAUGUGAUGUCUAAUCUCCCAGGGCAGACUAACCCUACAGAAAACCCUUGAGAAGCGCCCGUAGCAUGUAUAAUAGCCAUACUCUCCUGCACGAGUCUCUUCAAGAUGGCUGUAGCCGUUGAUCAAGGUUAUGGAUUCAAGACAUUUUCCCGACCCCCAAGAUGCAAACUCCCGUCUUUCACUCAACUUGAUUUCAAUAUGCUCGAUGGCAGUCAAUCCAAGAAUGCACAAUCUCUGGAACAUGCUUUUGAGUUCACCAACAUGCAUAGGAGCUCCUCCUCUCCAUGCCUAUCUCAUUCUUCUAAAGUAAAAGAUGAUUAUGAUACCAAUUCAAGGAUUGAAAUCCUUGUUGGCCAUGCAGCACCAAGAGUACGUGCUCUAGUUGUUGAAGUUGCCAUAGCUAUGGCCUCUGGUGUCAAUCCUGAGCCAACGUCAAAUGGGCUUGGUGGUGCCUACUUUUUGCGUGCUCAAAAUGGUGAUGCUAUAGCUGUUGCAAAGCCUAUAGAUGAGGAACCUCUAGCCUUCAACAAUCCAAAAGGUUUAGCAGGACGGAUGUUAGGCCAACCUGGCAUGAAAUGCUCCAUCAGGAUCGGUGAAACUGGUUUGCGUGAAUCGGCUGCUUAUUUCCUUGACCAUGACAACUUUGCCGGUGUCCCUCCUACAGCAUUAGUUAGAUUCUCCCAUGUCAAAUUCAAUUUAAAUAGUCUAGGAGCAGAUUCGAACCCAGUUUAUAAGAUUGCAUCGCUUCAACGUUUUGUGAAUCAUGACUCUGAUGCAGGAGAUUUGGGGCCUUCAAGCUUCUCAGUCACUUCUGUACACCAUAUAGGUAUACUAGAUAUAAGACUGAUGAAUCUUGACAGGCAUGCGGGGAACAUUCUCGUGAGGCAAGGACAUGAAAAUUAUGCCGGGGGAACGGCUGAGCUAGUUCCCAUAGAUCAUGGAUUUUGCUUACCUGAGUCACUUGAUGAUCCAUAUUUUGAGUGGCUGCACUGGCCGCAGGCCUCGAUACCUUUUUCGGAGCCUGAAGUUGAUUACAUAUCCAGACUUGAUCCUUAUAAAGAUGCUGAGCUGCUAAGAACUGAGCUUCCGGCAAUCGGGGAGUCUUCCGUUCGGGUUCUAGUGCUUUGCACAAUCUUCUUGAAACAAGCAACAGCCCAUGGGUUGUGUCUUGCUGAUAUAGGUGAGAUGAUGACUAGGGAAUUUCAGGGAGGAGAAGAAUAUUGGAGUACAUUAGAGAACCUAUGCCUAAAUGCUAAGGAUAGCUUGAAGAUCGGACUAAGUGAUGAUAAUGACAGUGAUAAUCAGCUUGAAGAAGUUGAUGAGGAGGUGUUCCAAUUUGAUGCUGAAUAUGAGGAUGGCCUUAAUGAAUCAACAGAUACCAAUGAUAGUUUGCAGAACUCCCCCACAAAUGGUAAGCCAUCAAAUAUUCCAAGAUUUUCAUCGACGAGGAAGUUACAUGAUUUGACAUUCCCUGUUAAUAAGAAUGAAGAAUAUCUAGUUGAUGAUCAUGCUCUGAACACAUUCUUGGACAAUUGCGCCGAUGGAGGCAAUAAUGGGGAUGAUGGUGCCAAGGCCAGUGCCUUGAUGAGGAGUCUCAGUUUCUCCAUACAAAAGUAUAAUCAUGACGGUCAAUGCAUUUCGUUUGGGGAAAUGGAUGAUGAGGAGUGGCAGUUGUUCUUGGAAAGGUUUCUAAAACUUCUGCCGAAGGCCUUUGAGGAAAGAAAAGCCAUGGGCUUGUCGAAGCAAAGGUUGGGAUGUUCUUGUGAUUUUUGAAGAAUGUUUUGAGUGCAAUAAUCCGUGUCGAACAAUUGUCUAUACAUCUUACUAACGCCAUAGAUGACUUGCAUAGGAUGUAGAUAAAAAUCUUUAGUACAGGCGGAAAAGCGAUCGGCAGCUGCAAGAGGCCGUCCAUUCCCUUUGUAGGCUUGUAGAUGAUCUUUCUCUUCCUGCAUUUCUUUGUGGUCUUUUUUCUAUUUUUCUUCUCUUUCGAUCGCAGAAACUGUAUAGUACUGUAGGAAGUGAUUUCUCACGAAAUCUUGUAAUUAGUUUAGGGCAGCAAAAUCAAAAUUUGUAGCCCUUUAAGCUGAUGGCUACAUUUUAGUCUUGUACCUUUAUUUCUUCCUUGAAAGAGUUCUUAUAUUUAUGCUUCCUCACUUGGAGCAUUCUUAGCAAAACUUUUAUACAUAUGGAUUUUCCCUCUAGUUUUA